AUGCCAAAAGCCUCGGGAAAGCAGGCAUUCUAUGCGUUGUACAACGCGGCAGAGGCUGAAGAAUGGUAUCGCGCAAAUGGUGGGCCUGCGUCAAUGAUAGGACCAAAAAUUGAACCCGUUUCGAACCCGCCACCUCAACGCGCGGCGCCGUACCAUCGCUCUUCUCGCUCGUCCUCGAGGGCCAGUCCUGCCGCAGGAUCCUCCGUACCCCUGUCAGGCCAAAGUUCCUCAAGACACCGAGACGAACAGAUUGAAGACGAAACUGGGUGGGAUGUCGUCUUCUGUGAUGGUGCAUGCAAGGGAAACGGACAGAAGGGAAGCUAUGCGGGUAUCGGGGUUUGGUGGGGUCACCAGGAUCCCAGAAACAUCGCGGAAAGAUGUCCCGGCAACCAGACCAAUAAUCGCGCCGAGUUGAUUGCAAUUGCCCGCGUUCUCGAGAACACACCAAUCAGCAAGAAGCCGUUGCUCAUCAAAUCAGACUCGGCUUACUCGAGGGAUUGUCUGCAUAAAUGGUUACCCGGAUGGCAGAGGAACGGUUGGAAAAAUUCGAAGGGGGAAUCGGUCAGGAAUCAAGCAGUGAUCAGAUACAUCCUCGCGCUUCUUGCCGUAAGGGGCAAGGCUGGACAGAAGGUCCAGAUCCAAUGGGUGAAAGGUCAUGCAGGCAUCGCUGGCAACGAGGGCGCGGAUGCUGAAGCGAACCUCGGAGCCUUGCUUCCUGAGCUACCCGAAGAAGACUGGGAUGCGAAGAGAGUAGCGCUUGAAAUCGAAGCGAUCCAGGACACGGCAGUAUCAACAGUGACCGCAGUUGCAAGGGAUGAGAACCAUCUGUCUAUCCCGGAUGCGGUCGUAUCCACUUCUGCAAAUCCCCUAUCUCUACCGCUCGAGCAAACCAGAGCUGAGACCAACUCAGGGACGUCGACUGGUACAAGCAUCCAGUCAAGGUUGGCUAAUCUUCGCGGUCCGCCCGAAUCGGACUCAAGCCCUUCGGCCGGGUUUUCGCAAGUCAACAUAUCUUUGACGCCUGCCUCAAAUAGUGCACUUGUCCCCACUGCAGACGUCGUGUACUGCGAUGGCGCGUGCACGGGCAACGGGAAUCCUGGAUCUGUUGCCGGGAUUGGAGUAUGGUGGGGCCCGGAAGACCCUCGAAACCUCGCUGAGCGCUGUCCCGGUGCCCAAACCAACAUUCGUGCAGAACUCAUAGCCAUUAUACGUAUCCUGGAAGAAACUCCUUUCAAUACGGCGCCGUUGCUCAUCAAGACCGACUCAGAAUAUUCUAUCAACUGUGUCAACGAUUGGAUGCCCAAAUGGGAAAGCAACGGGUGGAUAUCCAGUAUCGAAAGCCCCGUGAAGAACAAGCCAGUGAUUCGAUAUUUGUCCGCCUUAUUGCGAGCCCGACGGGACGCUGGACAGCAGGUUGAGUUGCAAUGUGUACAGGGCCACGCCAAUAUUGAGGGCAACGAGGCCGCCGAUAAACAAGCUAACCUUGGUGCUAUGCGGCCUCCAGUAUCGGACCCGGACUGGGAUGAACUGAGAGUAGCGGUAGAAAAAUCGCGUGUCUCCUCGGACGUUUUCGCGAUUCACUCCAUUUCACUGGCAGUAUCCGUUUUAUCUCAUUCAAGAAUAACCACCGUUGACGGCGAUGACGAUGAAGCUGCACUGAAACAAUUGAGGGCGGACAUGAACGGUGUAGACUUCUCGGACCCCUCGGGUACGGCUUUUUCCCCGCCGCGAUGA